AUGGCGACUCGUGGCCGAGGUCGUGGACGAGGAUUGCUCGUGGCGACAAGCGUGGCAAAACCAGGAGUUAAAGAGUCAGCAAAUCAUGAAAACGGUUCAGCGGUGACUCUUCAGGAAAUAACUCAGUCCAUAAGGAGACUGGACAUUGAGCCAGAUGACGACCAAAUCCUGCCGUCAUGUGACCUGAUUAAACAGUACAUCCAGACUGAGGUUCACAUGGGCGAGAUAGCGAAUCUGAUCUAUGGUAUGUGCCUCAAAGACAGAGACUUUGCUGUGCCGGCUGGAAAGCUGAUCAAUGCUCUGCAGAAUAUCGAUGUGGACGGAAUGAAGUUGAGGACGUCGUUUCUUUCCCUAAUGCAGAAAGACUUUCUAGAAAAAGACAAACUGCGUGAAUCGUCUAAUGAGAAAUUCCUGUCUUUGGUGGCAUUUUUGUGUCAGACAUUCGGCACGGUGCGUCUAGCGAACGGGGAGCCUAUGUUGGUGCUGACUACGCCGGUGUUCCAAUGUCUGGACGCCAUCGCUACGGAUGGCCAGGAAGAGGAGAUAGAGUGUCUUGUAUAUCAGUUACAGUGUCAUGGGAAGCUGCUUGAGGAAAAGACGCCACAGGAAAUGCUCAAACUGAUGCAGAAAGUCCGCCAGGCCAUUGUCUCGCACAAGACUUCUGCCAGGGUGCGCUGUAUGCUCUUAGAGCUUCUGGAGACCUGGUACAACAAAUGGCAACCACUUUCCACAGCCACGUCAAAUUUUUAUGCAGAUCUGUUUUCAGAAUCUUUGUUACAGGAUUCCUGAUGUUAAUAAGAUAUGUUGUAUUAGAACCUGGUUUUUCCAUUGACAAGAAUGAGACGGGUUGGUUUCUAAUCCGUUUGCAAAGGGAAUGGACACUUCUUAACUGCAGGCUUCCACCCAUCCACAUAUCUGUUGAUGUUGCUCUGUUUUAUACAGGGCGCUGCUAUUCCUCGGAUUACAAGAGUUACUUCCCUUGGUAGAAGUCAAGGGAAAAUCCAUUUUACUCGAUAAUAAGUUUUAGAUUUUGUUGUUGCAGGGAAAAUACUCAGCUUCAUAUCAUAGAUUUGCGUGUGUCUCAUAUUAGAUUUUUAAUGAGGACAGAUGUUUCUGAAGGUCAUAUGUCCUGGAUUUACAUUUUGUGGUAUUGAGUCAGAUAUAUGUCCUGUAUGAACAGAUUUCUUCUCAUUGCUUAUAAAAGAAAACUAUGUGCAAAGGAUUUGUAUUGAAACUGUGUAUGUGUGUGU